GUAAACUCAGUGCCGUUACACCAUUACAGACAGCAUGGAGUCGGUCCUAUACAAACUCGUCAUCCUCCUCAGUUAUGUUGUAUACAUCCGAGCAGCAUCGCGUCCACAUAUUAUAUUUAUGGUAUCGGACGAUUUAGGGUGGAAUGACGUUGGCUGGCACAAUUCACACAUAGGUAGUUACUAUCUGACCAAAUUUGCACGUGAGGGAGUCACGCUGAACAGCUCAUACAUGCAGCCAAUAUGUUCACCAUCGAGGGGAAGCUUUCUCAGUGGUUAUUAUCCUUUUCACACUGGAUUACAGCACGGCAUCAUCAGUGAUUCCCAGCCCAAGUAUUUGCCUUCAAACUUCACUCUUCUACCAGAAAAACUCAAGGAGCUGGGAUAUGCGACUCACAUGGUAGGAAAGUGGCAUUUGGGAUUCUGUGACUGGCAAUACACCCCGAAUCACCGGGGAUUCGAUAGUUUUAUGGGUUACUACAGUGGCGCGGAGGAUUACUAUACCCACCAAUCUGGGCGUGGGUAUGACUUCCGUUUCAAUGACGACAUUCAUCACGCGCCAGCGGGAGAAUAUUCCACAGAGACGUACACAAAACGGCUAAUGGACAUUAUACACCAGCACGAUCCUCAAAACCAGCCGCUCUUUCUGUAUGUGGCCUAUCAGAAUGUCCACUCGCCCUUACAGGUUCCCCAACAUUAUGAAGACCUACACUCACAUAUCCCUAAUGCCAAUCGUAGGUCGUUUACAGGUAUGGUAAAUGCAAUGGACGAUUCUUUUGGCAACAUUACAGCCGCCCUCAAAGCAGGUGGAUAUUGGGACAACCUCCUUAUCAUCUUUACAUCAGAUAAUGGCGGCGCAAUAACUGAAGGCGGUAAUAACUGGCCACUGAGAGGUAACAAGGGUACACUGUGGGAGGGAGGCACCCGAGUACCGGGAUUCGUGUAUAGUCCUACCCUCCUGGCAAAGACUGGCUAUACCAAUUCUGAAAUGAUACAUGCUGUCGACUGGUUUCCGACAAUACUAACAGCUGCUGGGGGCAUAACUGAUCACCACAUGGAUGGUAUUAGUCAGUGGGACAUGCUUCAGCACGGAACGCAUUCGGCCAGAACGGAGUUUGUCUACAAUAUAGAUGACAUCAGCGGUAAUGCAGCCAUUAGAGUCGGUGACUACAAACUUAUCACUGGGAAUGGAGGGGUCAGAAACGACUGGUAUCCGGUGAAUGGCCAUAUUCAUCACCACCACCAUACGACAACCUCCGGAUCCACGUCGCCACAACUUUUUAACUUGAGAGAUGACCCGACCGAGCACCAUGACAUCUCCAGUCAACACCCCGACAUCGUCAGUAACCUAGAGGCCAAGCUAGCCAACUACAGAAAAACACAGAUGACUGCACAGAAUCCGGAUCAGAUCCAACAUAUAUUGCAUCAGUACAAUAAUGUGUGGACUCCGGGUUGGUGUUGAAUAAAAUCGCAUGGAAAAUU